GGCGUUGGAUGUUGUAUGUGAGUGGCUGCUCAUGUUUUAAACGUAUCUCAGGGAGAACUUAUCUGAUUUAUGCACACAACUUGAUUUAGUUGGCGAGUUUGAGAGUUAGUCUAACAGAUACUGUAACCUUGUGGAAAGAAAAUUUGAAUAUUCAAACCUAGAGAUGACUUCUGGAGGUCUGGGGCUCACCGAGGGCCUGGCUCAAGACAUAAGCCAGGAGGAGCUGGACUUCUCCGACCUGUUUCUGUAUAAUUCACCCGGAGAAGAUUUUCCCGUUGGCUGCCAUAAAGAUGACUCAGGUGCUCUCCUUCAGAAUGACAACGAGCCUCCUGUGCUGGUGGUCGACCAUUACGCUGCGUACAUCUCCAGCUCCAACCAUCCAGCCUCCAGUCAGGACCUCCCCCCUCACCACUCUCGCCCCACCACAGACCACCUGUCAGGGGCAGUGUUUGACUCCCUGGGGCUGGCAUCAAGACCGGGGACCAUGCCUGCUCCCAGCCCCAGGAUUGAGAUCACUCCAUCGGGUGACUCCCUCAGCUCUCAGACUCUGGAGCCGAGCCCUGGCACCAAAGCUCUGGGGGCCUACAGGGAGUGUGUGAGCCCUGCCAGCAGUAACUCCUCCACAGGCUGGCCUGCGGAGGCGUACUCCCCUGUGGCUUCACCAUGCGUCUCCCCUUCUAAUGGAGGGUCUGGCAUAGGGCUGUCUGGCUUAGACCUCUGCCCUGGCCUCCAGGGCAUCCACACAUCUUCUGCCCACUCCUCGCCAGGAGCGUCGCCUCGCAACAGCGUCACUGACGAGACCUUUCUCCUGCCCCAGCACCAACGUACCGCCACAUCGGUUCCCCACCAGCGUUCCCGCUCCGCCUCGCCCGGAAAACGCUCCUAUGAAUCCCACUCCUGUCAAGGGGGCACUCCUGUCAAGCAGCGCUCCCGGAGCCCCAGCCCCAUCCCCUCGCCCCAUGACCAGCAGGGGUCCUUCUACCCGCAACAGUACCAGGCCCAAGCUGAGUUCCAGCCCGCAGCCCAGACCUCCUCACUGGUCCUGGAGGAGAUGCUGAGCAGCCUCAGCUCCAGCUUGCCCAGAGCGAUGCCCUCUGCAGUUUUGCGAAAUCCACAUUUGCAGGCCCAAAGACAGGACUGUGUGUAUGGAGACGAGUAUGAGUGGGCCAGUGAGCAGGAGAGGAUGGGCCGGGCAGGAGCCGAAGUCAAGUCUGAAACCUUCUACAUGUUCCCAGCUGUGUGGCCUCCUCCUCAUCCGGUCCCCCAUGGAGCAUUCAGUGGUCUGCCCGUGACUCCACUUCCAUCUUUAGAGCGGCCGUUGCCCAGUCAGUCCGGUCAGUACGAGCUUCUGAUCCAGCAACAGCCCAAAUCUCACCACAGAGCUCACUAUGAGACCGAGGGCAGCCGAGGAGCUGUGAAGACAUCGAACGGAGGGCAUCCGGAAGUUCAGCUCCGCGGGUACCAAGGCACAGCUCCACUGGGGCUGCAGGUCUUCAUAGGAACAGCCGACGAGAGGCUCCUGAAACCCCACGCCUUCUACCAGGUCCACCGCAUCACCGGGAAGACCGUCACCACACACAGUAUGGAGAGGAUGAUGAACGGGACCAAAGUGCUGGAGAUCGCUCUGGAGCCGAAGAACCACAUGAGAGUGGUGAUUGACUGUGUAGGAAUCCUGAAGUUGAGAAAUGCCGACAUCGAGCUGAGGAACGGCGAGACGGACAUUGGACGGAAAAACACCCGCGUGCGUUUGGUGUUUCGUGUCCACGUACCUCAACCUGGAGGCCAGCUCAUGUCUCUGCAGGUCGCCUCUGAUCCUAUUGAAUGCUCCCAGCGCUCAGCUCAGGAGCUCCCUGCAGUCGAGAGGCAGGACCAGGACCGAUGCUCUGUACUUGGUGGUCAGCGAAUGGUCCUCACUGGACAGAAUUUCACAUCCGACUCCAAAGUGAUAUUCUCAGAGAAGACACAAGAUGGGCAGCAAAUCUGGGAGGUGGAGGCCACUGUGGACAGAGACAAAACACAAGCAAACAUGCUAUUUGUCGAGAUCCCUCCGUAUCGAGACCGGAGCAUUUCCCACCCGGCCAAGGUCAACUUCUACGUCAUCAACGGGAAGAAGAAACGCAGCCAGCCUCAGCACUUCAUCUACACUCCUGUGAAAGCUAUUAAAGCAGAGCCUCUGGAUGACUACCAGUUGAAUUCGUACGCCUAUUCAGACACUCACUCGCUGACUGGCCUGUCAGUAAAGUCACUCUAUCAUCACCUGGAGCAAGACAGCAACCAUCAAGCCUUGAAUAUUUCUCCAACACUGUACCAUCUAACCACUGUAGACCCCAGAGCCCACAUGUUAACCCCCGAUCCACUGGACGACCAAUCAGUCUAUUACCAGUCCAGAGCCGGCACUCUGAUCAACAGCCCCAUGCUGUACCACACUGCAAACCAGCAUUACAGCAACUGUGGCACUGCCCUCCUCUGCGGUUCACCAAUGGCUUCCCACCCUGCCUCCGCUCCCAGCCAGUGUGUCAGUGCCAGAGCCCCUGUGGCCAAACUGGACGAAGGUCCUCACGUCGGUGAUUCAUUUGAGGCCUGUUUGAUGUCAAGACAUCAGAGUUUCGUGCAGACAGCGCUGCCUCUGGGAAAGUCACCACCUUCAAGAUACAUCCAUGGUCAAGCUCAAGGGAAGGCUGGAGGCAGAGUGGAGCCAGGCGGCCAGCGUCUGACCCAGAUCAACUCUGGGAGAGGAAACCAUGAGGAACGAGCUCCAGAGAGGGUCACAGUCAAACAGGAGAACCUCCGCUAUGCUUACCUGGAGGAUGUGAAUGACAUCAUAAGAAGAGACCUGAAAGGCCACAAUGGAGAGUGAUCCUGCAGGCCUGCAGCAACGCUGGUGUCCAUCAGACUUUAAGUUUAAGCUGUGUGCAUAAUAUGUGGACUUCAGUAACUAUAAAAUCCUGACUGACUCAGAGGAAGCUUGUACUUGUAAGAUUUGCAGUAAAAAACAAUGAAACUGAUCUGCUAUAGGCGUAUUUUGCCAGUAUUUCAGAAUAGCAUCAUGUUUCUGUGGAGCUAGGAAGGGUGGCGGUUCAACUGGGCAACAUUCGCUUUUCAAACUCAGCUACAGCAGUUCACAUGGAAAAACAGGUCAGCUGUUUGUUAGCCUUUAAUAUUGCCAUACUUUUUUUUAUCCUUAGCAAAGAUAGUACACCAUGUGUGGUACCUUAGACUGUGCAUCUAUUGUGAGUUUAUUUUAACCUGUUUGACUUAUCUCUGUUCAUAUAUAUUUGUACAAUUGCUCUCUGUAAGCAUGUAUAAAAUAUUUUAUAUUAAACAAUUCUGUUCUGUAUUGUUUAAAAUGACCUUAUACAAUGACCUUUGCAUUGAAGUUAAUUUAAUAUAUCAUUUCUAAGAUUAAAAAGUAAUCUUCUUUCUGAGAAAAAUUAAUGGUAGACAGUACAGGAAGUCAUGAUGAUUACAGUGGUGUGUAGGUCAAAACAGUAAGACAGUAAUGUCUAAAUAUUCAGUGUAUUACUUAAAGGCAAAUAUUUUAAUUAAAAUGCUUAAAAAUACUUAGAUCAAUACUUAACAGUACUUUCUAGAAUGUACUAGAAACAGCUGUAACUAAGGUUUUGUUUUUUUAAAUAAAAUAAAAUAAUAAAAAUACUAAUAAUGAAAAU